GCUUGCCUGAGGCGGCGGUGGCGGCGGCCGAGCCGAGUUGAGGCGCCUGGAUCCCGCCAUGGGGAACUGCCACACGGUGGGGCCCAACGAGGCGCUCGUCGUCUCAGGCGGCUGUUGUGGUUCUGAUAACAAGCAGUACAUCUAUGGCGGCUGGGCCUGGGCCUGGUGGUGCAUUUCUGACACACAGAGACUGUCUUUGGAAGUCAUGACCAUCCUCUGUCGCUGUGAGAAUAUUGAGACGUCGGAGGGGGUGCCACUGUACGUAACGGGGGUCGCUCAGGUGAAAAUAAUGACCGACAAGGAGCUCUUGGCCGUCGCUUGUGAGCAGUUCUUGGGGAAGAACGUGCAGGACAUCAAGAACGUCGUUCUGCAGACCUUGGAGGGACACCUCCGGUCCAUCCUGGGCACUCUGACGGUGGAACAGAUCUAUCAGGACCGAGACCAGUUUGCCAAGCUGGUGCGGGAGGUGGCAGCGCCGGAUGUGGGCAGGAUGGGCAUCGAGAUCCUCAGCUUCACUAUCAAGGACGUCUACGAUAAAGUCAGCUACCUGAGCUCCCUGGGGAAAACCCAGAUUGCCGUGGUCCAGCGAGAUGCCGAUAUCGGGGUGGCCGAGGCCGAGCGAGAUGCCGGCAUCCGGGAGGCCGAGUGCAAGAAGGAGAUGCUGGACGUGAAGUUCAUGGCGGACACCAAGGUGGCCGACUCCAAGAGGGCCUUUGAAAUGCAGAAGGCCGCCUUCACUCAGGAGAUCAACAUUAAGUCAGCCCAGGCUCAGCUGGCCUACGAGCUGCAGGGCGCCAAGGAGCAGCAGAAGAUCCGCCAAGAGGAGAUCGAGAUUGAGGUGGUUCAGCGCCGGCGGCAGAUCGACGUGGAGGAGAAGGAGGUCUUGAGGAUGGACAAGGAGCUCAUCGCCACCAUCCGGCUGCCGGCCGAGGCCGAGGCCCACCGCAUGCAGGAGAUCGCGGAGGGAGAGAAGGUCAAGCAGGUGCUGAUCGCCCAGGCCGAAGGGGAGAAGAUCCGGAAGAUCGGCGAGGCCGAAGCCCUGGUGAUCGAGGCCAUUGGCAAGGCGGAGGCCGAGAAGAUGAAGCUGAAGGCGGAGGCCUACCAGCAGUACGGGGAGGCCGCCAAGAUGGCCCUGGUCCUGGACGCCCUGCCCCACAUCGCGGCCAAGGUCUCGUCUCCCCUCGCCAAGGUGGGCGAGAUCGUCAUCCUCAGCGGAGACAACAACAAGGUGACCUCGGAGGUGAACCGGCUCCUGGCGGAAAUCCCGGCCUCUGUGCACGCCCUCACCGGGGUCGACCUCUCCAAGAUCCCGCUGAUCCAGAAGGCCACCGGAGUCCACGCCUGAGCCUCCCCCCCGGUUGAGAAGAACCUCUCGUCCCAUGAUGCACUUCCCACCCACUGUGGUCUCGUCAUCCGGCAGGGGAGAGGGGGGGAGCCCCUCUCGGUGGGUGCCUUAAUCGUGGGAGGAGCACGGCUGCCCCACCUCCCCACAAACGUCCUUGCAUUUCUAAGAGGGGCGGGGUCUCCAGGUCGCUUCUCUGCUCUGUGUCGUGCUAGCCAACCCCUCCCCUCCUCCUCCUCCAACUUCGUGCCUUGACUGCCUGCACCCACCACACACUCCUCCUGCUCCCCCCCCCCACGGACUGUUGCUGGCCCAGAAAGAAGCCCCUCCCCUAAUCCGAGGGGGUCAGAUAUGGGCCUGGCCUCCCCAUCCGUCACGUACACAGCAGGAGGUCUCCUCUCUAUCCCUCCAGUGGGGAGGGGGGCUGCCUUGGUGCCCCGGAGAGGGGGCCGUGGUGGGCCGGGGCAGGAUUCGACGGACAGCUUUGACUGUGGGCCGCGUAGACUCUGAGCUCCUGCGUCCCCCGUCCCCCCCUUCCCCUCCCACUGCCUCCCCGGAUUGUGCCUGGUCUUUAGCCGGUCUGCGGCCUCCUCCUAAUUGUGUGUGUGUGUUGGGGGGUGUCUGACCUCCCAGAGCCCACCCCUCACCAGCCGUCCGCAGCUUCGCCUGUGUCCAGUGGAACUGCCUCCCCUUCGGCCCACCUGCCCCGCGAAAGUGCCUGACCGGACAGUCUGGAUCACAGACGUUGCAUGCUGCCACCCCCCUCCGUCCUCCGCGUGCCUCGGAAGCCCUGGAAGGGCAGGCUGGCGGGGGGGCUGAAGACCCCCUGCAGGCCAUGCCCUCUUCCUCACCAGCAUGAGUUUUCAUCCGGGCAGCUUCCGUGGGUCGACAUCCCCCCCAGAGUGCCAGCAGCCGAGGAAUCCCCGUGGUCUCCCCCAAAGAGCAGGCCCCUUCCCCACACCCUGUUUUGGGGGGGGGGCUCUCUCCUUCGUGUCCCCCACCCGGGAAAGGUUGGGGCUCCGUGCCGAGAACAGAGGGGACCUGUCCCUGGUGUUGCCUACCUCCAAGGGCCCAAACUGGCUGGCUUGACACCCCCUCCCCAUCGAAAGGGGUUUUCUGUCUGUGAAGGAGGGAAUUUGGGGGCAGCUGUGCCCCCCCCCCGGUCUGCUGUGAAGUCCAAGAGGGAAUUGAGGCUCCCUGCAUUCUCAGGGUGGCCCCUCCUGUGCUGUGAAUGGGGGUCCUUGCCAGGGGCUUGUGCUGGGGGCAGGGGCAAGGGGGGGGGCGAUGCCAGAAGGCUGGAGCCCAUUUCUAAAGGUUCGCCUCCUUGCCGGGCUGCCUGCUCAGCCUGUGGAGGCAGCCGAGCCUUUCCCAGUCCCGCUGCUCCUUCCGCAGCCCCCCCCCCUUGGCCAGCCCCACAGAAGCUGCCUGCUCCCCCCCACCCCCCCACUUCCUCGCUUGAGCGUGGCGCAUGGCUGCUGGCCUGGCCAGGAAUGCUCAUUUAGCCAAAUGUGAACUUAUAAUGGAGAAUAAAGUUGUUGUGAUCUUGCUAAA